AUGUCUGGCCCUGGUGUUGGUUUCGAGUAUCCCUCUCGCGAGGUGAGCUGGCUCAAGCGUGAUGCUCUCCUCUUUGCCAACUCGAUUGGCUGCACCUCGGAGGAGCUUCACUUCCUCUACGAGCUCGACCCCAACUUCGCUGUUUUCCCCACCUACCCUGUCAUUCUCAUGUUCAAGGAGACGCACCCCGAAGUAGUCGACUUCUACGCCGCCCAAAAGUCGGUCACCAUCCCCGGCGUCCCCGUCUUCGACCCCACCCGCGUCGUCGACGGCCAGCGCCUCCUCGAGUUCCUCAAGCCCCUCCCUACCUCCUCCGCCGGCCGGAAAUUCGAGGUCCGCACCAAGGUCCUCGGUGUCUACGACAAGGGCAAGCCCGGGACCGUCGUCGAGACCCAGACCGACCUCGUCGACGCCGAGAAGAACGAGUCCUACGCCCGCGUUACCACCUCUUCCUUUUACGUUGGCCAGGGCAACUGGGGCGGUCCCAAGGGCCCUGCCACCGUCAACUUCCCCCCUCCCGAGGGCAAGAAGCCCGACCUGGUGCUUGAGAACCAGACCACCAACGAAACCCCGUUGCUGUACAGACUCAAUGGCGACUACAACCCCCUCCAUGCCCACCCGGAGCCUGGUGCCAAGAUGGGCUUCGGUGGUGUGAUCAUCCACGGCUUGUACUCAUGGAACUGGGCGUGCCAUGGCUUGCUGCAGCACCUCGGUGGCAGCAACCCUGCCAACUUCAAGGAGUACCAGGCUAGAUUUGCGUCGCCGGUUAGACCCGGUGACAAGCUCAUUUUGGAGGCGUGGAAGACUGGCGAGUUUAAGGGCGAGUGGGAGGAGAUCAGGUUCUUGGUGAAGAACAGCCACGGCAAGGUUGUGCUGAGCAACGGCCGGGCGCUCAUCAAGACUGGCGCCAAGGGCAAGUUGUAA